AUGGUGAGUGGCAGCGACGGUGAGAGACGAAGGAAGGUCAUGAGUGUUAAAGCAAUUGAAAUUGCUAUAAAACUUACAUUAGAAGGUACAAAUCAGCUUGUCUACUAUCAGAGAUGGAUUUUUUUAAUAGUCGUUGUUUUCUGCAUCAUUACUCAAUUAAAUUAUCUUAACAUGACAUUGGAUACAUUUAACAUUGCAGUUGUGUCUCCAAUCUAUUAUGCCUUGUUCACAUCUUUCACAAUAUUAGAUAUUGCAAUCAUGUUUAAGGACUAUUCUGGUCAAAGUAUAAGCAGUAUUGCAUCAGAGCUAUGUGGUUUCAUCACUGUGUUAUCUGGCAUAGUAGUAUUACAUAGUACAAGAGAGCCAAAUUUGAAAUUGAUUGAUAAAAUGAAAUCGGUAUCACCUUUAAGAUACGGUAUCACUUUGAUGAAGAACUAA